UCAGGACUGAUAGGGUUAAUUAAGUCACGUUCUUGUUGUCAGAAAGUUCCCGCGUUGUUUGCUCUUCCUGGUUACCGAGAUAGGGAACGAGAUCUGGAAUUCAAAGUAAACCCCGGUGAAAUGAACGCUUGUCUACAAUUUGUAUCCUGACUAUAAUAACAUACAGGUGCUGUGGUGUCAAAGUAGUAGAUGGAGGUUAACAACAUGCCAUCGCCACAAGUCCUGCAACCGGUGCUUAAAAUGAAAGUGGAUGAGCUCUUCCUCAACUGGUUGAGUGAGCCAACGACCCAGAUGACACUCAAAGACUACCUCGGCCUGAUCAAGAGUGGACAGAGCAUUGAUCUGGGGCUUGGGGACACUAAGGACAAAAGGUCAAUGACCUUCAAUGAGAACAACAAUGUGGCGUCCAAGAGAAGUCUGACGGAGAGGUCUUCUGCACCCCUCGGUGCGCCUUCCAGCCCCCCCUCUACACACACACUACCCUCUGGGAGCAGUGGUAAUGCCAGAGUUGUGGGACCCAAUGGGAGGGCGCUACGGAGGUCUGUCAGCACUAAAAAGGCCCAGGUGAAGAGCGAGGCGCCUGUUCCCACGGCGCUGAGUGAAAGCAUUCCAAAGUUCUACUUUCCGCGGGGGCGGCCCAAAGCCAACCUCAACAUCGACGGCCUCAUUGCUAAGAUCGAGAAAAUAUUUUCCCAAUUCCCCAAUGAAAGGGCCACCAUUGAGGACAUGGGGAAGGUUGCCAAGGCGUGCGAGUGUCCGCUCUACUGGAAAGCCCCAUUGUUCAAUUCGGCUGGAGGCGAUAGGACGGGCUUCGUGUCCGUUCACAAGUUUGUGGCCAUGUGGAGAAAAAUGCUGCAGACCUGUCAUGACGACGUGUCUAAGUUUGUACACCUCUUGGCCAAACCUGGCUGUAAUUACCUGGAACAAGAGGACUUUAUUCCAUUCCUGCAGGAUGUGGUGAACUCUCACGCAGGCCUGGCCUUCCUGAAGGAGGCGUCCGACUUCCACUCACGCUACAUCACCACAGUUGCCCAGAGGAUAUUCUACAAUGUGAACAGGUCAUGGUCUGGCAGGAUCAGCUGUUCAGAGCUCAGGAAAAGCAGCUUUCUCCAGAACGUGGCCCUGCUAGAGCAGGAGGAGGACGUGAACCAGCUAACAGAGUUCUUCUCCUACGAACAUUUCUACGUCAUCUACUGCAAGUUCUGGGAGCUGGACACAGACCAUGACCUAUACAUAGACCAGAGAGACCUGGCCCGACACAACGACCAAGCUAUCUCCCACAAGAUGAUUGAAAGAAUCUUUUCUGGGACAGUUACCAGGGAUAGACGUCUGCGUAAAGACGGCAGGCUGAGCUACGCUGACUUUGUCUGGUUCCUCAUCUCCGAAGAAGACAAGAAGACUGACACCAGUAUAGAGUACUGGUUCCGGUGUAUGGACCUGGAUGGGGACGGUGUGUUGUCUAUGUACGAGCUGGAGUAUUUCUAUGAGGAGCAGUGUGUGAAGUUGGAGACCAUGGCAAUUGAGCCCCUGCCCUUCGAGGACUGUCUCUGUCAGAUGCUCGACCUGGUCAAGCCGGAGGUCGAGGGAAAGAUCACCCUACGGGACCUGAAGCAGUGUAAGUUGUCUCACAUCUUCUAUGACACCUUCUUCAACAUCGAGAAAUACCUGGACCACGAGCAGAAAGACCCCUUCUCUGUUGUAAGGGAGGCUGAGACAGAGGGCCAAGAGAUCUCGGACUGGGAAAAAUAUGCAGCGGAGGAGUACGAUAUCCUGGUUGCCGAGGAGACUACUACUGAUCAGUACAACGACGGGAACACCACAGACUUCUAAAGACAAGCUGGGUAGGAUGAGGGAGAGGCUGCUUUGCCUGGCCAGGUAUGACAAUGCUCUGAGUCACAUCUCCAGUGAAUUGUGUCUGAGGACAGAGGAGAGACAUUUCUUUGAGAUCCCCAACCCUCACUGCAAUCUGGACUUGGAUGAGGACGACUUUGAAUAACUAGCACUGAGAGACCAACAAAACAGGGAGAAGAAGCGGCUACGGGAUACAGGACAUUGAGCAGUUGAUCGCCAAACCAGAACCACAAACGUUCACAUUAAACAAUGGUACAGAUACGAUCACACAGUAGUGAGUGACGGUCAAACGGCUAACUCUGAACCACAGACACUUGUCAAACUAGGGAUGAAAACAAGCGCUACCACCAAACUACAGGACAAACAUCACACGGUUACUUAGUGGAAGCUGGCAGCCACAGGAACAGGUAACGCCCACCAGACUCUAGUCAAGAGGGGGAAGUAGCAUCUUGAUCUGCCAAACGAUGCAGGUGCCGUUACCAGCUCUUACCUUUAAGUAGAGGACACUUCAGUCCAUGGCCUCAAACCGCCUCACGUUUUGCCUUUUCUUUCUUUACUCAGUUAAGUGACAAACACAUUGUUGCAACAGUGAUAAGAAAGGUGCUGCCGUCAUCUUAGCAGUGGUGUUAAACAUACCUUAAUUUGUUUAAAUGCUGGUUCCUACCGAGUCCUGGCUCAACACUUUUUGUUAUGUGGUGGCUCGCGAGGCAAUUCAGGAGGCCUUGAGUGGGUUGCAGCGUGAAACGUUUAGGUCAUUAGAUCCGAGAGACUUUUAGGUGUGUCGAUCACAGCAUGAAAGUUUGGUAACCAUUAGACAAGAGCCACUGCAGCACACUUAAGUUAAUAUCCCACCCACAUCAAUGACAAACAUUUUGUUUUGUUACUCAUUCUUAGGAAUUGGCUAAUUCAACAUUCCAGAGAUAUGAACCAUAUUGAGUCGUUUCUGGUCCGAUUGCAAAGCAAAAAGGUACAGUCUACCUGCUGGAAGGGGCAGGGUAGUAGAGUGCUUGAGCUCAGUCCAAAUGCCUGGCAAGGUACACACUGUCUAACUGUACAAUAUUGAGUUCAUCAGUAUAACAUUCUGUGUCAAUAUGCUUUUUUUGUGUGUGAGAUGGAGUUAUACAUUUGAAAUAAACUGUAAAUAUUUAUUUUGUGCUUGCUGUGUUGCAAAAUAGGGGGUCAGAUGUUUUAAAAAUCUGACAAAGUACUUUAAUGCAGGAAGUAAAAUGUAUGUUUUGUUCAAAUAAAGAAUUAAAAAGAUUGUGGCAUUUCUUCAUGGAAAGAAGCAAGAG